AUGGCCGCAAAGUCGCGAUUCACGAGGCUAGACGCCUUUGCUAAGACAGUCGAAGAUGCGCGCAUUCGCACUAACUCCGGCGGCAUCAUCACCAUAGCUUCGUUGCUGGUGGUGCUAUGGCUUGUGUGGGGAGAAUGGGCGGACUAUCGCCGGAUUGUGGUCCAGCCAGAGCUGAUUGUUGACAAGUCAAGAGGAGAGAGGAUGGAGAUCCAUUUGAAUAUGACAUUCCCGCGGCUGCCUUGCGAGCUCUUGACGUUGGAUGUUAUGGAUGUGUCUGGUGAAAUGCAGGUUGGCGUGGCGCACGGUGUGAGCAAGGUCCGUCUAGGCCCGGUUGCGGAAGGAGGUCGAGUGAUCGAUGUCCAAGCUCUCGACUUACACUCUCCAGCUGAUGCUGCCGCGCACCUGGACCCGGAUUACUGUGGCGAGUGUUAUGGAGCGGAUGCGCCCCCUAAUGCGUUGAAGGCAGGCUGCUGUAACACCUGUGAUGAAGUGCGAGAGGCAUAUGCGACCAAGCAAUGGGCGUUUGGAAUUGGUGAGAAUGUGGAGCAGUGUACGCGCGAGGGAUAUGGCGAAAAGCUGCUGGCCCAGCGGCGAGAGGGUUGCCGCGUUGAGGGCGUCCUGCGAGUCAACAAGGUGGUGGGCAACUUCCACAUUGCGCCGGGGCGCAGCUACACAAGCGGCAAUAUGCAUGCGCACGAUAUGGACAAUUAUUUCAUGCGAGAUGCGCCAACUCCGGAACAUCACACUAUGACCCACGAGAUCCAUGAGCUUCGAUUUGGACCUCAGCUUCCUGCCGAGCUUGCGGACCGCUGGCAGUGGACCGACCAUCACCACACCAACCCGUUGGAUGAUACCAAGCAGUCCACAGAGGAGCCUGCUUUCAACUUCAUGUAUUUCAUCAAGGUUGUCUCGACUUCCUAUCUUCCCCUCGGCUGGGAUCCGACUUUCUCGUCUGCCAUCCAUACCGCCUAUGAUAAGGCGCCUCUUGGCUCCCACGGCCUUGCCUACGGUGCUCAGGGCAGCAUCGAGGCCCACCAGUACUCUGUGACCUCCCACAAGCGUCCGCUCGUGGGCGGCGACGAUGCUGCUGAGGGUCAUAAGGAGCGCAUGCACGCCGCUGGUGGUAUUCCCGGUGUCUUCUUCAACUAUGAUAUCUCUCCCAUGAAGGUCAUCAACCGCGAGACUCGACCUAAGACUUUCAUCAACUUCUUGACCGGGGUUUGUGCCAUUAUUGGUGGCACCCUGACUGUGGCCGCGGCUCUGGACCGCGGUCUCUACGAAGGUGGCAUGCGUAUCAAGAAGUUGCACUCCAACUGA